AGAUUAAAAAUGUAUAAAGCUCAGGCUACUUUAGCUCACCUGGUAACAUGAGACAUUGCCUUGACCGUGAGGCUCGCAGCACGGUGCAACUCUGCAGACACGGCUCAAACAGAAUUUCAUCUUUAACAUAAAUGCCUGAUGGAAUUGGACGGCUGCAGUCAUUUCAAAUUGGACGGUGCUGUUUCCAGGGCUGAUUUGGUAUAUGCUGUUGAGCUCCUGAAUUUUUUUCUUCUUUUUUUUUUCACAGGACAAGCCUUCAUAUCAACUUUGCUGUUUGUCUUUAAGAAGUUCUGAAUGACCUCAGACAAACGGUGUGACAAAUUCCUCUGAUUUUCUGGCCCAGAAGUUGUAAUUGGAUGCACAGUGUCUCCUGUUAUGUGAUGGUGCCUCUGAAAAACAUUUCAGAGUAACAUGCACAGACAGAGUUCGGAGUAUAAAAGGCAGCAAGUCACAGAGCGCAAUGGAUAAUCAUCAAAAGAGGAAUCUAACUUUUAUAACCAUUGGGCUGAUAUUUAUGCUGAGCGGCAUAGAGUACGCCGUCAUUCUGCCCACAAUAUGGAGGUAUCUGCAGAUUCUGGAGGCCCCGCCAUACUUCCUGGGUCUGGGCCUGUCUGCCUUCAGUCUGAGUGGGCUGCUCACAGGCCCGCUGUUUGGCUUAUGGUCUGACCGGAGCAAAACCACCAAGUCCAUCGUCCUUUUCUCCAAUCUCUUCGAGAUUGCCGGUAACUUCUUGUAUUUUAUUGGAUAUUCAAAGUGGCUGUUGCUAUGCAGUCGGCUUAUAGCAGGUAUCGGUGCAGGAGCUGGCUCCUCCAUCUUUGGUUUCCUAACUCGGAGCACUCGGCCAGAGGAGCGCGCUGGCAUCUUUGCCGCCAUCAUGGCCUGUCGACAAGCUGGCCUUCUUGUCGGGCCGGCGUUCAACCUGUUCCUGCGGCUGUGUGAUUUCAAGCUGGGGCCCUUUGUUGUGAACAAGUAUACGUCUCCUGGGAUCUUCAUGUGCCUGCUGUGGGUGCUGCUCCAGUUUGUCGUCCUGGCCAUUUACUGGGAUGUGCCACCCAUGAGCUCGGAGGGAGGCGCCAUGAUGGUGGAGAUAAAGCAAGAGGAGGGGGCGGAGGAAGAGGAGGCGCCGCUGAUGGGGUCCGACGAGGAGCCGGCGCACACCUACAGGGCCGUCUGCUCCGGCCAAUCUGAGACCUCCACCUCGUCCGAGACGCAGCCCGUCCGCAAAGCCUCAAACCCUUUCAAAAACUUCAGCGCCAGCAGAGAGUUCCUGAGAGAAGAGGUGGUUGUUCUCCUCACAGCUCAGUUCAUCACUCUCUUCAAUCAGACGGCGCUGGAGACCAUGGUAACUCCUCUCACACAGCGCUACUUCAGCUUUGGCGAGCUGGGCAACAGCCUGAUGUACAGCCUGUGCGGGGUGGAGGUCAUCCUGGGCUUCUUCUUUGUGCGCUGGCUGAGCAGGAAGGUGGCGGACCGCGUCGUGCUGGCUGUGGGCCUGGUCAUCUGCUGCACCGCCUGUAUCUGGUGCCUGAUCUUCCUCUGCAACCCCCGAGGUGGUUAUGGAUGGGAGCUGUCGGCCUUCAUCAUCGGAGUGUUUCUGCAGCUGCUGGGGCUUCCCUUCGUGGCCGUGUCUCAGGUGUCUCUCUUCUCCAAAGUCACUGCUGAGAAAACACAAGGAUUCAGCCAAGGUGUCAGACGCUCCGUUGGAGGCCUGGCCACCAUCUUGGGUCCCCUGUGGGCUGGAGGAUUGACCAAUAAUUUGUACAUAAUGCUGGGCAUGAUGCUGGCUCUCCUCAUAAUGAUCUCAGUUAUGACUGUGCUGUCCUACGACCAGCUGACUGAGCCCAGGGCAGUGCAGUGUGCAGCCAGCUCAGACAGCGGAGGGUAGAGCUGCCGUCUGUCUGAACAACAGGCGAGGCUAAAGAUGGACAGAGGGAAUGCCCUUCACUUGUGAGCACAAUCAAUACAAGUUUACUUCAGAGGAAAGUGUAUGAGUGUGGAAUAAAAAUGUUACACAUACGAGACCUUGUCCAUAGAGGUGAUCACGCUUCAGGGGCAAAAACACUCUAGGUGUUAAACCUUUUUGCAAUUUCUCCGUUAUCAGAUUUUAUUUAGAUCCACCGUAGUGCAUGUCAGACUAUUAAUUUUACUUUACACAAGGGGGCACCAUUGCUCCCAUGUUGAAUAUUCAGAGCCCUAAAUUGAAGAUGAAAGCCAUUAUUUUUAAACUGAACUAUUUAUAUUCCCAGGUGUUUAUGAAAAAUAAGGAAACAGUUUUCUCCAUGUGUCCCUUGAAUUGAAGUUUUGGUUUCUUGUUUCUAGUCUUUAUUCCUCUAAAAAAGUAAAGAAAAUGAAAAACAAAAACAAAUCAUUGACACAAUGAGUGCAGGAGUGGAUUUGUCAACAUCUUAGAAGAAGAGGGACAAAGAGAUCUUUACAGGUUUGUUGGUAUUUUUGUAACGUUGGAGUGAAACUUGCUGCUUAAACUCAAAUAAAACUGCAAAGCCUUGGAUGUAAUUAAA